UUCCAGUAGUCUCCAAAUAGGGACACAGACUUUCAGGUUCCCAAACUUUGUUGGAAGAAGUGAAAAGAAGUCUAAGGCAGGCUGAUUAUGUGUGCUCCACUUCUCUGCCUCUGAAAGGCAAAGCAAAGAACAUUUUGACCAGACACAUGGCUCUACCCUGUGACAUGGCAGAAGAUUCUGAUGAGGUCAGAGCUUUGCAACAGUGGUGAUUGUGUGGAAAAGCUGCGUCCAGCUUUGAGGGGCUCAGGAGGGACCUCACGUUUGUCAUUGCUUGAUUUCUCAUCCAUCACUCCGUCAAGUCCCAGGUCAUAGAGGUUCCUCCCUCGUCUGGGUCAUGAUGAGGCUUCACUCUACUCUGGGCACUUGGCUCUUCACACUCCUAGUGAUGCCAGUCUACUGCCAGAGUGGUGAUGAUGGAGAGUGGGGAUCAGGUGACGUCUCUGGGACUGUGGUCACUGGCAACUCCUCCGCUCCAGUCUUUCAUGCAGUCGGGGAUGAGCCAGACAGGACCAGGCCAGUUUUUCAGAGCCUGUCAGAGACAGAAGGCGGCGACUGUUAUGUCAACUUUCACACCAGCCAAGUCAUGACAAGGCGGCUACGAGCUUUCAGAGAGGAAGUUGCUUAUCUAAAGGCCAUUCAGCAUGGGAACCAGGCAGUGAUGGAGAAUCUGGUCCAGUAUGUAGGAGCAGAGAUGGGAGAUCAACGCUACGAGGAGGUGAUCCAAGAGAACAUUGUUGGAACCAGAGAGGAUCACCUGAGCUGUGAGAGUGUGGUGACAAAAGCAGCAGAGGAGUUGGAGAGUCAGCUGGAGGGAGACGCUCAAGCCACUUUGGCUGGAAUUCAGAAAAUAAAAGAGGAGUCCCUUGCCUUUGAAGAAAUGCUGCGUACCGCGACGGACAUCGCCACUCGACUGGAGAGCUCCUCACGAACCCUGCAUGUGGAGAUGAUCAAACAGCUGAGGAAGAACAUGAGACAGCCACGCACAACUAAAUGAUUCAGUGGGAAGCCCUCCAACCUGAAAAAUUAAAAAAACUGAUAAAAGUGAUAUACGGCAUGUCACAUCAAUAUUAUCCACAAUGUUUUAAUAACAGUAAAACAACAUUGUCCCCUUAAACAGUGGACCAUUUGCAUUUUUUUAUAUUUUAUCUCACUUGCUUACUAUGUUUUAAAAAGCACUAUUGUCAGAGAAUAGACUGAAAUGCUAUACUAUAUUUUUCUCUCUUGUACAAUGUUCAUUUAUGAGCCAUAAUGAAAACAUAAUGGCUUUGUGUACAAGGAAAUUGUAAAAAUGAUCUUGCCAUUGAGGUGACUUCUUAAAAGAAUAUUCUCUUUCCAAGUACAGACAACCCUGUAGCUAUGGUCUAGAUGUCUUGGCGCUAGGGAGCAGAUGGUGAAAAGACUGUAUGAGGGUCUGGAAAUCAGCAAGCAUGAACUCUUAUACGUUGGAGAGAGAGAGAGAAAGUUGGAAAUGAAAAAGAAAGAAAGAAAGAAGGAAAGAAAAACAUGGCAGUGAUGUCACUGAGACAUAAAAACGUUACUUGGCAGCUUGAAGCCAGAAUCUAAAAGAAUGAGAAGAAAGAAUCAGAAAUCUUUGUGACUAAAGAAUGUUAUUUUAAAAUAUAUUGUGAUUACUCGGGUAUGAUUAAAUAUACUGUAAGUAUAACUAUUAAAAUAAAAGUGUAUUACUCUU